AUGGGCGAAACACCUUUGACUGUUGCGAUUGGCCGUCAGAAUGUGGAUUUGGUGCGUUACUUUCUUGAUCAAGGUGCUGCUACAAUUAAGCUCAACGACAGUGGGAGUACUCCUCUCCACCUUGCUGCUGCAGAAGGAAGCUGUGAAAUAGUUGAGUUCUUACUCUCCAGUGGAGCUUAUGUUGAUGCAAUACAUCUUGGUGGGACGGCACUGCAUUCUGCUGCACAUAGCUUUGGGUGGUACUGGUUAUACUGCUCUUGCAAUUGUGCUACUGUUGUGCACUCACUGAAAUGUGUGAAGCUCCUGCUUGAGGCUGGUGCUGAUGUGGAUGGUAAUUGUAAAGAGACACCAUUAAUCAUUGCUGCCAUUAGUGCCUCAACUGAAAUCCUGAAGUGCUUAGUUCUGGCUGGUGCGGAUGCUAAUGUUCCUGACAGUUUAGGACGAGCUCCUAUUGAAAUUGCUGCCCGCUCUGGUAGGCGUGAAGAUGUUGAGAUUCUAUUUCCAGUCACUUCUUGUAUUCCAAAUGUACGUGACUGGAGUGUAGAUGGGAUCAUUAGGCAUGUAAAAUCAGCGCGCCCAGCGAAGAAAGCCAUGCUUACUAGUGCAAAAUCUAAAGCGCAUGAGGCAUUCAAGAACGGGAACUAUUAUCUUGCAGCAAGAAUUUACAAAGAGGCAAUGACACUUGAUCCUGGUAAUGCAACCUUGCUUUCAAAUAGGAGCCUAUGCUGGCUUCGCCUCGGUGAUGCAAAGAACGCCUUGAAUGAUGCUCAAGCUUGCAGUAUGAUGCGGCCUGGCUGGCCAAAGGCCUCAUAUCGUGAAGGAACUGCUCUAAUGUUACUGAAGGACUAUGAAAAGGCAUGUGGUGCAUUUCUUGACGGUCUUAAACUGGAGCCCAGGAACGUAGAGAUGGAAGAUGGAUUACGGCAGGCUUUGGAAUCCUUGAAGAUAUAUCGCAGUAGCCCUGGGCAAGACUAGCUGGAUGAGCAUCAAGUAGAUGCGAGAAACUUGUAGUUACCAGACUUACACUGCUCACUGGAGAGACGGAGGUGCCCUGUUUUUCUGUCUCAUAGGCCCAUAAACUUAGAGAUUGGGUAGUUUGGAUGGCCUUCCGCUGAUCAUCAUCAGAUACCUUCCUCACUGGAUGCUUGAGACCGUUCUGCUGAUUGCGAUUUCGGGAGCAAAUGCUGUUCAGUAUGCAGCAUUUUUUUUCUAUGGUUCCGUGGAUAGGGAAACAUUUCUACCAUGGACAUUCCUAGUAAUAGCCUCUUAACUGACAGUAUUACCAGAUUGACGUUGAAUGCCUGUGUCUUGCUUCAGAUCUCUUGUCAAGCUAAAGAUCAUUGCCCAUAGACUUUGAUCAAUGUGGGUGGGGCAUAGGGCAAGUAAAACCGAACCUUGGAGCUUGUAUGGUCAUGAUUGUUAGGAGACUUUGCUGGCGACGAACUGUUGAGCUUUACAUGAUUUGCGUCAAUGUAUAUUCUCUAGAAACUGGCAUGUGUAGUGUAACAGUAUAGUAAAGAUGUUCCCUCGGAAAAAGAGAAAAA